CAAAAUCUAUUAAUUACAGACGACGGGUCUGCCUUCCCGGCGGUGCCAUAAACAACCACCAAAUAUUUGCGAGGCAGAUUGAAGAAAAAUGAAAACGACGGUAGCGGAGGGAGACUGUAGACAGUGGAAUGAAGACGCUUACAGAGACAGCAUAUUGGAGGAGAGGGAGUCGCAUUCACUCACUAUCUUCCGAACUGUCUUCUCCCCAUCUCCUACCAACCAAAACCCUAAAUUCAUCGUCGCUGCCUCCAGCGACGGCUCCAUCGCUACAUACUCGUUAUCCUCUCUAAUCUCCUCCACUCCAUUGGGAUUUGGAAAUUCUAGGGCUCAAAAUUUAUUUGUAGCUGAACCAAAUUGUUUACUUCACGGACAUGAUGGGCCUGCUUAUGAUGUUAAGUUCUAUGGUGAUGGUGAAGAUUCAUUGUUAUUAAGUUGUGGUGAUGAUGGUCGAAUUCGAGGAUGGAAAUGGAUGGAUGUUUUGGAAGCAGAUCAGGAUAGUUUGCCACAAAGUGGGGAUUUGAAGCCGCUACUUGACUUGACAAAUCCUCAACAUAAAGGUCCAUGGGGUGCUCUUUCCCCUAUACCUGAAACUAACGCCAUUGCUGUUGAUACUCAGGGAGGCUCCAUAUAUGCAGCAGUUGGUGAUUCCUGUGCCUAUUGUUGGGAUGUGGAGGAAUCUAAAAUCAAAAUGACAUUCAAAGGGCAUGCUGGUUAUUUACAUUCGAUUAUUGCCCGAAAUUCUUGUCAUCAGAUUAUAACUGGCUCAGAAGAUGGAACGGCCAGAAUUUGGGAUUGCAGAAGUGGAAAGUGUAGUAAUGUGAUUGAGCCAGGGAAAGAUAAGAAAUCCAAAGAGUUUUUUUCAUAUGUCAGUUGUAUUUCUCUUGAUGCUACUGAAAAGUGGUUGGCUUGUGGGAGUGGGCGUAAUUUAUCAGUGUGGAAUCUUUCGGCUUCUGAAAGAAUUUCAGGGGUUUCGACUCGUGCUUGCAUCCAAGAUAUAUGCUUUGAUGAUAAUCAAAUAUUAGCAGUGGGAGCUGAACCAGUGGUGAGUCGAUAUGACAUGAAUGGUGUGGUGCUUUCUCAGAUACAAUGUGUUCCUCGGUCAACAUUUUCGGUCAACUUGCAUCCAUCUGGUGUUACUUGUGUUGCUGGUUAUGGUGGGGUGGUGGAUGUCAUCUCUCAAUUUGGAAGCCAUUUGUGUUCGUUUCGCUGUCAAGCAUAUAAAUGAAAGUUAAAUUGUUGGGUGGAUUUUUAUUUAACAAUGUAUUUAUAUAUAUUUCGUGAUUGCAAGACUUGAUGAGCGCAGAACCAAACCACCAUGUUUGAUUAUGAUUUGUCUUUCAGUA